CCGGUGCACUCCACACCUCCCACGCCGCACCUCUCGCCAUGCUGCUCGCUCCCACGCUCGUGUGGUGUGCUACCCACUCCCCACGCUGGCACCUUGCAAUAGCCACGUUGGCACUGUCAGCAUCAGCCAUCUCAGCCACGUCAGCAGGGCUGGGCCCCUUUCAACACGCAGUUCCUUCAGAGGCUGCGCUGCAGCUCCAGCUCUUCCUGCUCGCACUCCUCCUGCUGGCGCACCUGCUCUCGCCCCUCGCCACCUCCCUGCGCCUGCCAUGCACCCUCUGCCACGCCACUGCCAGUGCUGCAGCUGCAGCAGCAGCAGCGCACACGCAGCAGCUGGCAGUGCUGCAGGCGGAGGUGCGGUGCGGGCGCGAGGCAGUGCGGGCGGCAGGGGAGGGGAUGCGGGCGGCGGGGGAGGCGAAGGUGCAGUUCAUGGCGAACAUGAGCCACGAGAUCCGCACGCCCCUCCACGCCAUCCUCGCCAUGACCGACCUCGCCCUCGACCACCCCCUCCCCCCCGACGCCCGCGACCACCUCGACACCGUGCUGCAGUCCGCCAACCACCUGCUGGUGCUGGUGGACGACAUCCUGGACAUCACGAAGCUGGAGGCGGGCCGCCUACAGCUGGACGCGGACCAGUUUGACGUGCGCGCCCUCAUCAACCGCAUCAUGACGAUGCUGGCCGCCCGCGCCGCCUCAAGGGCCUGGCCUUCCAGUGGGAGGUGGAUGCUGCUGUGCCGCCCGUGCUGCUGGGGGAUGCCAUGCGCCUCAGACAGUGCCUGGUGAACGUGGUAGGCAACGCCAUCAAGUUCACGGAGCGCGGUGAGGUGCGCGUCACCGUGCAGCCCUUCGCCCCGCACCUCCUCCCGCCCAACAUGGCCCUCAUGCACCUCCCACCCGCCCACUCCCCUUCCUCCCCUUCCUCCACAUUUCCUGCUCAAGCCGCCUCUCCGCCACACCAUUCUCCCACCACCACCACCACCAACCCCGCCACCCUCUCCUCUGCCACCUCUUCUCCUGCCACGGACCUUCCCCCUCGCCCUCCGCCUCUGCCGCCCCCAACGGCCUGUAUGGUGCACGUGGCGGUGGGAGUGGGCCAGAGGGCGCAGCAGUGCGAGGGGGGGUCGGAGUGGCGCUGCUGUUCACCGUGCGAGACACAGGCGCGGGCAUUGCGGAGGGGCAGCAGCGGCGCAUAUUCCAGUCGUUUGAGCAGGCCGACUCCUCCAUGUCGCGCCAGCACGGCGGCACGGGGCUCGGCCUCUCCAUCACCUCCA